GUCAGCUAGUCUCAGCUUUCAUUCGAUUCUACAGCACGGCACCAAAGACCCUGGAGAAAGAGAGAGGAAGACUCGAAGAGAGAGAGUGUGUGGCAGAAGCUGAGAGAGAGAGAGAGAGGACCAAAGUAAGUGGGACGAGACAAAAGCUGCGAAAUGAGAGGGGAGCGACUUUCAUUUCAGCCUCAUUGCCACAUCAGCUGUUCCUAAAGUCUUGCAUUGCCAUGGAAAAAACAGAACAUCACUGAAAAAUAAGAAGAAGAAGAAAAAUAAAGCAGAACAAAGACAGAGAGUGGAAGAGAGGGUGGGGUACCACAAGUAACCUCUGACUUUGAGAAGUGAAGGAAGAAGAGGGCAGAACCUGGCUCCUGAACAUGGGUCUUUGUGCUGUUCUGCUACUCUGUUUCUCUCAAGCAGAGUUGGGGAGAGUUUGGGCUCGGGAGCAGACAGAGGGGCUUCAUGUCUCAUCAAUAUGGAAGGACCGGGGCCCACCAGAGCUUCACAGGACCCGCAGGGAUCAGCAGCUGAGCCCUGGAUCGGGCCAGAUCAGAACAGCUCAGGAGGCCAAUGGUGGGAGCCUGACCAUCGACACACUCCCUGAUAACAUGACCCACAUUGUGGAGGAUGCCCAUAGGUACUACACCUGGCAGAGCUUCGGCCCGGGGGAGAUCCACACAGAGGAGCUUUGGGUGGACCUGGGAGCCCUGCAGCACAGCCAAGUGAGAGUGCACGGCAUCCUUUCCAACAGGCAUCGACAGGCUGCGCGAGUGGUGCUGUCCUUUGAUUUCCCCUUCUAUGGACAUUCACUGAGGCAAAUCACCAUAGCCACAGGAGGGUUCAUUUUCACAGGGGAGGUCACGCAUCGAAUGCUGACAGCCACCCAGUACAUCGCACCCCUAAUGGCCAACUUUGACCCCAGUUAUUCCAAGAACUCCACUGUGCAGUACUCGGACAACGGUGAAAUGUUUGUGGUGCAGUGGGACAGAGUACGACUCCAAGGGCGGGAGGCAGAGGGUGCCUUCACCUUCCAGGUUGUUCUGCGUAACACCGGGACAAUUGUCUUCAACUAUAGAGACGUGCCGUUACCUGUGGUGGAGAUUAACUCGACGGAACACCCUGUCAAGGUGGGGUUAUCAGAUGCUUUCAUGGCUCUCCUCAACUCUCCCCGAACCCCAGAAUCACGUCGCCGAACAAUCUAUGAGUAUCAUAGGGUGGAGGUGGACACCACCAAGAUCACCAACCACUCCGCCUUUGAAUUCUCCCCCCUUCCCACCUGUCUCCAGCACAAAAACUGUGAGCUUUGCCUCUCCUCCAGUCUGACCUCCGGUUGUAGAUGGUGCAACAUCCUCCAGAGGUGCUCAGAUGGUAUAGACCGUCAUAGACAUGAGUGGCUGGACUACGGCUGUUCAGAGGCCACAGAAAGCACGUGUGAGGACUACACCCCCGGGAGCCCAGACACCUCAACAGGGCCCUUCAGCCCAUCUGGCAUCCAGCCCUCACCCUCCCCGGAGCUGAGAGCUGACACCCCAGUUACAGAAGAUGACACCAAACUUCUCAUUCACUACAAUGGGAAUGACUUGCAGACAGGUCCUCCAAGGCAGCAGGGGGCACCAGAGCACACGGGAAUCAUUGCAGGGGUAGCAGCUGCUGUGGUUCUGCUGGUGGUCCUGACACUGUUGGCUCUUUACUACAUUAACACACACCCUACUGUUGCCCCUCCAUUCUACCUCAUGCAGCGACGUACCAACAACUACUGGCCAUCCAUGAAGUUCCGGAACCAGGGCUGCCACAACAGUUAUGCUGAGGUGGAGGUUGGAGGUCACGAGAAGGAGGGCUUCAUUGAGGCAGAGCAGUGCUGAGCAGACUGGAUGUAUGUGUCAAAGACAGGGCUGGAUAGAAGUGUUGAAUGGGGGCAGAAUGGAAUGGUCAUGGAUCGAUGAUGUCAUUUUCACAUUGUUAAGCCAUGCCAGGAUGUACAGCGAAAAUUUGUUUUUCCAUUACCAUCUUUUGUGUGACAAACCAUGAAAAUUCAUAAUCCUUCCUUAAUAUUUUUCUUUUGGCAUUUGAAUGUCAGGUUGUGAGUAUCGUUAAUGCCUCAAUAAGGAAUCUUUUUACUAGUAUAGAUCUGUGACCAUUGCUGUUUUCUCCUAUGUCAGCACUUCACCCUCAAUGCCCCUGUCUGCAUUCCUAAUUGUAAUGGAAAAACAAAUAAAUCCAGCCUGGUUCAGCCUGAUUCAGCCCGGUUUGGCCUGGUCUGGUCUCUUUCAUUUGUGCCUGGUGUGGAUAAAUGACAUAAAACACUUAAUGCAAUGGGAACGGGAAUGCUCGAUUUUAGUGUGGUAAAUGGUGACAUGUUCAUGGGUCUGUGUGUUAGUCCAUUUUUCUGCAUUGCCAUAUCCUCUAUAAAAACUAAAUUUAUUAAAAAAAAAAAAAAAAAAAAAAACCUCCAUCGAGGAAAUUAGAGCAAAGACAACACAAUGUGGGAUUGUAGGAAUCAUAUAUUUAGGCAUUAAACUGACUACAUGGAUCAACUAUCGAAGGAAGAUGAUGACAUUUAAAAAUGAAAUGUUUAACCAUUAUUACUGCAAUUAAUGAAAAUUUUCAUUUUUCACUUUCAGUUUCUCAACAUUUUGUUUUUAAAGAAAAAUAAAUGUGUAUUUUAUAAAGUGUCUUUUUGAUCAAUGACAAAGAUUUUCAAAUUAAUAUUCUUUCUUUAUUCACAUGGACUUUAACUGCAUUAUAGCUCAUGUAAUGAUUAGUUAUAAUAAGCAUCAUGACAACCAAGACACAAAAAUCAACUUAAUGAAAUUUCUUUGUUUAAAUUUAUCAUCAUCGAGUGGUGGGUUAAGCAUCAACGAUAUACGUUAUAUGUGACAGGAUAAACCAGUAAACACCCUCAGCUGUAUGCAAAAGAUAAUAGCAGGAAAAUCUGAAUGUCACUGUAAAACAGUCAGUGGUCAGACAGUCAGUUAAAAUGUAAUGUCUAUGUUGUUAUCACUCCCACUACUGUAUUUCUUCAGAAUCCCAGAUUCAACUACCAUGUACAGAGGAGCUAAUUACACUAUAAGAAACUGUGUAAAAGAGAAAAUAUAUGAUAAAUAAAUCAAUAAAUGAUUUUAUUGUUUGAA